AUGUUUGGAAAGGCAUAUCAUUUGCCGAUUGAGCUUGAGCAUAGAGUACUCUGGGCUUUGAAGAAGUUAAACCUUAGUUGGAGCGAAAUUGCAAACCUGUGGCUGGAUCAGAUCAAUGAGAUGGAUAAAUUUCAUUUGAGAGCUUAUGAGAGGUCAGCACUAUACAAGGAGAGGAUGAAGUUGUACCAUGACAAGCGUAUUGAAAAGAGAACCUUCACUCCUGGUGACUUGGUGUUACUUUUCAACUCCAGACUUCGUCUAUUUCCAGGAAAAUUAAGAUCCAAAUGUUCUGGACCGUUUAAGGUAACACAAGUGUUUCAGUCGGGUGCUAUUGAGCUGGAAAAUGAUAAGGGCGAGAGGUUCAAAGCAAAUGGCCAGCGAAUCAAAGCAUAUUUGGGUGGUCCAGAAGAUGUGAAGAUCAUGGAGGAAUGUAAACUUGAUGAAGUCUGA